GAAGAGUGCGUUGUUCCAGGCAUCACCGAACUCGUGUCCAUGUGCGCGGGGACGUACCGGCCGCAUCACUUCAGGCGCAUGGAGGUCCUUAUUCUCUCGAAACUUGGCUACGCCCUACACAGCCCUACUUGCUGGUACUUUAUUGAUCAUCUUACAUUCAAAGCGACGCAAAUGUGCGGGUUGGAUAGAAACGUGGUGACCGUCGCCCGCCACGUCGCCGAGACCUGCCUGAGUAACUACGAGAUCAGUCAGUUCCUCCCGAGCGUGCAGGCGUCGGCAGCUAUCCAGGUAGCGCUGAGCCUCGUGCCCGUGCCCAGCCUGCAGGCCAACACGUGGCAGACGCUACUCUACACGCUGUAUACAGAAGCCGAGAAAGGCGACGCGAGAAUCUGUUCCUCUCUCAUGACGCGGUACAUGACCCCGUUCCUGGAGGCCAUCACCUCCGACCUCGCCUCUGGUCAUGAGACGCCGCCCUCGACGCUCCCCUUUUCGCCUCCCGACGACAGGAUGGACGGCCGAGAUAAAAUGGACGCCCACGAUAGAAUGGAAGGGCGAGAUGAAAUGGACACCCACGACAGGAUGGGCGCUCGCAACCAGAUAGACGCCCAUGAAGACUAA